CUUGGUUGCCUUUGGCUGAGAAGACCAAAGCAAGAGCCACAUAUGAUAUGGACAGGAGGACUUGAAAACUGAACCCAAAAGGAAAGUUUUGGUCAGCAGACUAAUUUCCUACAUGCUGCAGGGCAGCCCCCCUUGUUCCCCUCCCUGUGCAGUUGCAGUUCAGGUGGAUUUCUUGACUUUCAGGAGACAGAUUAAAGUGGAAAGAUAAAAUAUUCCACCUGAGCCCCUCCAGCAAGCCCACUCUGACUGUGGAGUUACCUUUGGGCUCCUCAUCUUGUUCUGCCAGGGCAAAGAGGAAAAGUUUUGCUUUUUCAGCCACCUGCCAACAAAAAUUCAGAGGCGCAGAUUCUGUGAAAACAGGAUGUCAGCUUUUGCCAGAAAAGAUCACAAGGGGUGUGAGGUUUUUUUGGUGGUUUUUUUUUUUUUUGUUUUGGUUUGUUUUUUUUUUUUUUUAAAUUUUAUUUUAUCUGCCUCUUUCUCCUCUCUCUGUUCCAUUUUCUGACUCCCUCCCUCCCUCCUUCUCACCCUCCUCUGGGUUUCUGCCAGCGCUGAGCACACGGAGAGGGAGGACACGGAGGAGAUGGCGGUGGCAGAGGCACAGCUGUAUGCAAAAGUGUCCAACAAGCACCGGGGCAGGAGCACCUCUGCCCUCCUCGAACCUCUCCUAGCCAAAGGAUUCCCAGCUCAUAUCGCGCAAAAAGCUUUGGUUGCUACUGGACAAAAGACAGUAGAAGAUGCAGCAAAAUGGCUGCAUUCCCACUGCAAUGACCCCUCCCUGGAUGACCCAAUCCCUCAGGAAUAUGCCCUUUAUUUGUGCCCCACGGGCCGCCUGCACAGCCGCCUGCAGGACUUCUGGAAGGAGAGCAAGCGUCAGUGCGGGAAGAACAGAGCCCACGAGGUGUUCCCACACGUCACCCUCUGCGACUUCUUCACGUGUGAAGACCAGAAAGUGGAAUUAUUGUAUGACAUCUUAAAGCGAGUCGGUGACAGCUUUUCCCAGAGCUUUCCGCCAUCCAUUUCCCUAAUGCUACAUGCAUCUCCCAGCUACCUUGGCUUCUUCAUUGAUGACAGCCAGGCAAACAUCCUCAGAGAGUUUGCUGUGGCAUUCUCAUCAGAGGCGUCAGCCCUGGCAGACUGCCACGUGAAGCCCUCCUUGAAGCAGUUCCACCUUACCUUGGCUCACAGGUUUUAUCCUCACCAUCAGAAGACUUUGGAACAACUGGCCAAAAGCAUUAACCCAGGGGAGCCCUGCCAGUGGGUAGCUGCUCUCUAUUCACGGGACAUGCGUUUUGUGCAUUACCAGAGGCUCAGGGCCCUGUUCCAGUACAAGCCCCAGAACAUUGAUGAGCUCAUGCUCUAUGCUGGGGACCUGAUCUACGUGGACCCGAGGCAGCAGAGCGAUGUGAGCGAGGGCUGGGUGAUCGGCACCUCGCACCGCACCGGCUGCAGGGGCUUCCUCCCCGAAAACUACACCGAGAGAGCCCACGAGGCAGACACCUGGGUCAGGCACAGGGAAUAUGUUUUUGAUACAACUUCCAGAUCCUUCACCAAAACUGAUAAGGAACCCAAUGUAAAGCUGAAUGGGGAAGCCCAUAAUCUCAGUAUGUCUAGGAGUGUAACCAAUGUUCUUUCUCUUCAGCUAGUGCAGAACGCUGCCCUGCCGAGAGGGGUGCUGGUGAUGCACCAUGGGGAAAGAGUGGACCAGGUCUUUGGCAAAUCUUGGCUUCAGCAGUGUCUGACUGCAGAUGGGAAAUACUACAGAGCAGAUCUGAACUUCCCCUCCUCCCUGCCAAGGCGGAAAGACAGCAUGAAGCAGUUUGAACAUGAUCCUCCUUUAUCUUGCUGUGGUAUUUUCCAGUCAAGGCUUAUAGGGGAAGCUCUGCUGGACCAGGAGGUGACAGUCAGCCACGUGUACUCGUCCCCUGCCCUGUGCUGUGUGCAGACAGCUCAGCACGUACUGCAGGGGCUUAAAUUAAAUCCAAAAGUCAGAAUCAGGGUGGAACCAGGACUGUUCGAAUGGACCAAGUGGGAAGCAAGCAGAGCAAUCCCUAUCUUCAUGACUGUGGCAGAACUGGUGGAGGCAUCUUAUGACAUAGAUACAAGUUACAGGGGUAACUUCCCACUCUCUUCUCUGGUGCCAUCAGAAAGUUAUGAAGACUAUGUCAGCAGAAGCUCUGCGGUUAUAAAACAGAUCAUCAAUGCCUGCCCCAGCAAAGGUGUCAUCCUCAUCGUGGGCCACGGCUCCUCCUUGGCACCUCUCACCCGAGCACUCACAGGGCUCCCUGACAGAGACAGCAGAGACUUUGCCCAGAUGGUGCAGAAGAUCCCUUCCCUGGGCAUGUGUUUCUGUGAAGAACAGAAAGAGGAGAGCAAAUGGCAGAUGGUCAACCCACCAGUGAAGACAUUAACUCACGGAGCAAAUGCAGCAUUUAACUGGAGAAAUACUAUCAUGGAAGAUUAA